AUGUCAGAAUUUGCGAAUAAACUUCAAAAUUUAUCGAAUAUUAUCAGUAAACCUUAUUUAAUUAUAAUAUUUUUCAUUGGUUUAAUGGGUAAUAUAUUUAAUAUAAUUAUAUUUAGUCGUCAUUCACUUCGAUCAAAUUCCUGUUCAUUAUAUUUUCUAAGUAUUUCAUUUUUUCAUGUAAUUAUAUUAAUAAUUGGUUGUCUUUUUCGAUUCAUUAAUUUAUUUCUUGGAUAUGAUUUAUCAGGUACAUCAUUAAUUUUUUGUAAAUUUCGUGCUUAUAUUGUAGUUGUUGGUUAUGUUAUAUCACGUCAUUUAUUAUGUUUAAUUUCAAUUGAUCGAUGGAUGAUAACAUCAACAAAUAUAUUUAUUCGUCAACAAUGUAAUCGAAAAAAAACAAAAUUAAUUAUUAUUAUAAGUAUUAUUUUUUGGUUUUUAAUUGAAAUAUUUAUUCCAAUUGGAUUUUAUAUUGAAAAUAACAAUUGUAUACCAUCAUUAAAUCCAUUUUAUUUAUUUAUGUAUCGAAUUAUUGAUUUAUUAUGUACUUUAUUUCCUUUUUUUAUUCUAAUUAUAUUUACUUGUCUUUUAUUAAAAAAUUUAUUAAGAAAUAAAAUAUUUCCAAAUACUAAUCAUCCUAUUGUUAUUAAUUCUUCAUUGAGAAUGAAUGAUAAUCAAUCUUUUCUACGAAUAGUUAAUACUCAUUCAAGAAAAUAUACAAAUAAAGAUUAUCAUUUAAUUCGAUUAUGUUUUUUUCAAGUUAUUGUUUUUAUUUUAUUAAAUUUACCAGCAGCAUCAUAUAGUUUAUAUUCAUAUAUAACACGAAUGAAUAUUAAAACUAUUAAUCAUUUAGCUAUUGAUUCAUUUCUUAAUACAAUUGUAUCAAAUCUUGCUUAUACUCAUUGUGCAGUAACAUUUUAUUUAUAUACAAUGACAUCGAAAAAAUUUCGAAAAGAAUGUUAUUUAAUUUAUUUUUAUAUUCAACGACGAUUGAUUAAUCGAUUUCAAUAA